CUGAAGCCGCAAGUGGACGUAAAGCUGGGCGGAACAGAUCCCUUCGGUGUCUUCGACCUUCCCCAAGACAAAACAACUGACCUUGCUCUUCACCAUUGGAUCCAUGUUUUUCAAAAUACACGGAUGCCCACGAAUCCAAGACAACCUUGGAUGCAGAUCAAUCUCUCCGAUAAAACCCUCCUUUCCGUAACCGUUUACUGUUCAAUAAACCACUUCUUCUUCAUCCGAGGGCAGAGGUGCCCCCCCGCGUAUCUACCCCGCAAACUCAACGCCAUCCGAAAUAUUAACAAGGAACUGCAGAAGGUACCCAGCGAUCAUGCCAUGGUAGCCGUCGCCGUGAUGACUCUCCUUGAGUGCAUGGGCGGCGAGCCGGCGGAAUGGGUCGUCCACAGAAGAGGGCUCCAGCUCAUGAUAUGCAGCAGAGGCGGCAUCGAAAACCUUGGCCUCAACGGCUCGGUCCAGCGAGUGAUCUCCUGGGCCGACACAUGCUGCGCCGUCCUCCUCCGUACCAACCCCAGCCUACAGCCAACCCUAAUCCGCAACGCCCUCGAGCCCGCUAUUCCCGGCGUCUCCGUCGGAAACCUCUCAGAACGCCUGCAACCACUAACCGCCUCCUCCCACCUCACCUCCGGCCUAAUCUACAUCUACCUCCGCCUGCGCUACCUGACGCAAUUCCUCUCCGCCAUCCCCGUCCCCACCCUCACCAGUUCCUCCUCCUCCUCCCCCACCACCCUCGACGAAUCCUUCUUCUCCGAUAAAAUUGAUUUCAUCGAGCGUGCCAUCUUAGCACUUCUCGCUUCCGAGAGUCUGGCCGAGAGUAAAGCCGCCGCGUUCCUAACAGCGCUCCUGAAUGCCAGUUUGGUGUUUGUGUAUGAAGAGCUCAGGGAAGUUCCAAAAUGGAAUAACGUUUCUAUUUGUCUGAGUCAGAGGAUUAGGAGUGGAUUAGAUCUCAUCGAGUUGGAUAAUGUGGCGAGGUGGUGUCCGGAUUUGCUGCUUUGGGUGUUGAUGCUCGGGAUGUCGGGGGCCAAUCCUUUAGAGGUGGGUGCCAGAGCUUGGUUUGUACGAGAGAUUAUGGAGGUAGAGGGGCUGUUUGAGGUUAAGGUUCCAAAGGGGUUGAAGGAGAUUUCUGGGAUGCAGUAUUUUGAGCUUGCGGAAGCUGCGAUUACUCAACCAUCGAGCAGAGUAGAGUCGGAUUUUGAUGGAGAUAUUAGAGAUGAAGGCGGAUAG